AAGAAGUCCAUUAUAGUCGCAGCAGAGAGAGGAUGGGUGAGGUCGACGCGUCACCGCAAUGAAUCGAGGAAGGAGGAGGGGUGGGACAGGCGUCGGCCCCUGUUGGCCCCUCGCGUCCAAUGAAGGUUUGAGAUUGAAUUUGCGAAGGGGGCGGAGGAGGACUGAGCUCCCCCACUUUCUCCCCCUGGCUGCGGUCAAAGAGGGCGGAGCUCCGCCGCCGCCGCCGCGUUUGACAGCUGCGAAACGGAAAAUGUAAAGCGCACGGAGAGUCUGGGAAACCAUGCCGCUCCAAGGCAACCGGACUAUCGCGAGGAAUGGGAGGCAGCGUGGCUCUUCAUAGACUGCGAGUGCCCUCGUAAAUCUAGGGCCCGACUCGGGAGGAGGGCGACAAACACUGCCUACAGAUCCAAGGACGAUCACUUGGGGGGUGGGUUUUUUUUUUUUGUUUUUAUCGUCGUGCGUAAAAUCCUGGCAUGCACCGCGCGUUCUCGUUCCCGGUGACCGUGGAGCGCAGCCGGACCAAGGAGCGCCUGGAGGCGAGUCUGGCCGGCCUGUGCGAGCUGGAGCUGCGCAAGCAGCGGCAGGAGUGUCUGGUGCUGGGGGCGCUGGCGCUGGGGGAGCCCCUGGCCCGGGGCAGCUGCAGAGGGGAGCUGGCGUGCUUCAGCAGCUGGGGGCAGGAGAACUUGACACUGAGGCGUCAGCUGAGCGCUCUGCAGAGUUCCCCGUGGGGCCUGAUGCAGGCGCUGGAGCAGCAGGUGGGCGAGCUGAGGGUCGACGCGGACGACGGCGGCUGUUACGACGGAGCGCAGGCAGACGCGGGCGACAGCCGGCCCAGUUCUGGUUUCUAUGAGUCAAGCGAGGGGCAGUCGCCAAAAGGACGAUCUUGUUCCACUGAGCCCGCGGAGACUGUCUCCUCCUGGGUUCACACCAGCGACCGGCCAAAGUCUGUGGGAGAUCCCGUCAUGUCCAACGGAGAGGCGGACGUGCCCGUGCUGCACGCCGCCCUCCCCCGCUCCUUCUCCGCCCCGUACCCGCCGCUGGAGGGCAUCGCCGAGGAGGGCCCAGCGCUGGACGCCUGGCAGGGAGACCCCGGCGGAGACGACCACGCCUGGCGGCGGCAGCAGCAGCAGCAGGAGCAGGAGCAGCAGGAGCCGGCGGAGGACGAGGUCACCGAGGAGGAUUACCAGCAGGCUUUGAGGGUCGAGAACUACAUCCUCGCCCUGCUCCAUCGUCAUACCCUUUCAUCGCGGCCGUGUCAGCCUCGCACCACCCUGAGCCCUGACCCCCCGUACUGCAGUGCGUCCGCACACGGCUCCCUACACAGGAGGACUCCUUCUCUCACGUCAGAGCAACGCCCGUCCGACCCCCCCAACGGCCCGGGCUGGGCCUGUGACCGGCUGGAGGGGGAGGCCUGUGGGGGAGAGGCCCCGUCCUUUGAGGAGGACUGUUAUCUGGCCCUGCCCUACCCCCAGUCCAGGCCACACUCCCUGGCUGGGAGGCUACCGUCACCUCUGCCCUCCCUGGACCCCAACUGUGGUGCUGGGGCUCUUGACCUUUGUUGUGAACCCGCAUCCCCCCAGCAUUAUCUACAUCCACAACCCCCUUUUCACCACAAGCACAAUUUAGUAAGUGCUCAGUAUAUCCCCGGACAAGGCUGCCACGCCCCCGUCCGCUCCCCCAGACACUACAACCCAGAGCAGGCCAAACCCAACCGGCCGGCGGCCGCCUCUCCCGACCGCCACCCCAACGCCAAGUCCAGGCCCUCGAAGAAGACCCACGCCGAGCGGCAGAGAGGCAAGAAGUCGGGCGGCAAAACCAACCGAUCGCAGUCGGAGAACAGCCUCCUGGGCCAGCGAGUGCUGCCCGAGCGCAGGUACAGCACCACGGAGCGGCACGGGGCCAGAGGGGAUGUCGCCCAGAACCAAGGCCCGGUCGCUGGACCACAGGGGGGCCAGCGCUGGUGCUCCAACCUGGAGCUCAGCCAGGACGAGGGGGAGGUCCGCGCAGGGCAGGCACAGAGGCGACCUCCUCGGAAAGCUCGCCACGGGCAACCGUGCUCCCAACCCCAGAACCACCACCACCACCACCACCACCACCACCAGCAGCAUAAGCAGCAGCAGCCGCCGCCGCCGCCGCCGCACACCGAGCGCUGGCACCCAGACCCUCAGGAGAGGGCGCCGCUCUGCCAGGGAGAGGGGGGCUACGCCGCCGGCGCCGCCCCGGCCGAGUCCGAGUCCAGCAUGAGCGAGGUGUACUCCCCGGCCUCCAGCUCACUGUCCAGUGACUCGGACGAGAGCGGGGGGCUGGUGUGGCCCCAGCAGCUGCCGCCUCGCCUGGCCUCGACCUCCUCCUCGUCCUCGCCCUCGCCGCAGGCCUCCGCCAACGCCCCCUCCCAACCCAAAGCCUUUGUCAAGAUCAAAGCCUCCCACGCGCUCAAGAAGAAGAUCCUCCGAUUCCGCUCGGGGUCCCUGAAAGUCAUGACCACUGUGUGAGGACCACCGCUUUCAAACCCUGCGUACGUCGCAAAAGCCGUUCUUCUUUCUUCAGAGCAACAUUGCGGCUGCUGCUUUCGGCCACGAUCAUAAUGUACGGUACAGUCUGCCAACUAACCAGCUCAGUCUUUACACUCAACCUACCUCUAACGACAGUGUGUUCAUAGUGAGGGACGCUUACAUUCAUGUGCCGUUACAGCCGCUGAAUUCAUUUUGUACGUGACAACGACGAGAUAUCAGAGUCUAAUAAAUGAUCCUGCUCUGAUUGAAGAUAGUUGAUGUGAUGCCACAUUUCCACUGUGUCGGACCGCACAGAAGCUAAAUGAAGGAUUAAGCCGCCAGCUGUUUGUUUGUCUUUUUGCUUUUUUCCUUGACGUCCCUUUGGCCUUAAGCUGCGUUCGGAUGUGAACUGAAGUCCGGCCCUUUUCCUGAACUUCUCCGGAGAGACCGCGGACAUUAUCGGGACCUUCUCCUGUCAGCCAGAUCCCCAGUAAAAAGUUUCGGAGGAGAUGUCCGAGCGAGCCCUCGUUAGACUACAGAAGGAAAACCUCCGCAAAAUGUCACAGCGAGCGAGUGGGCGUGCUGAGUUAUCGGCUCUGCCCAGAUGCCACGGAACGUCCCGCAGGUUCUUUUUCCUGCUGUCGAGAACGCGCCUGACUCGGAAAAAAAUAAUCUCCUGCUGCCUUCGUCAUACGUGAACGACGGAGUUAAUUUCCGAAAACAGCUACAGAUGUAUGGUUGAUGAAUUAGACACCGGUCUAGACAGCUGAUAUUAUGACCAAUACGUGGUUCAAGUCUUACUUAACACCGACACCCAAAAAUUUAAUAAAAAUGCUUUUCCCAGAAAUCUGGGUGAAUUUGCUCCGUCCCAAAAUGUCCUGAAAGUUCCUUCAUUUCCAUAAAAAGGUUUCUUGGAAGAUAUUAUGUCAUUGCGUACUAAUCCUAAAAAAAACAAAUUAUCUUAAAAGAAAAGCUCCAUUCAGUCCUUCGUGCAUUUAUAAUUGUAAAUUCAAAAAGAACCUUCCGGGUUCCUCGAACGAUUAUCGAGCGACUGGAAGCGCAUCAUUUGAAAAACACUGUCCCUAUCGUCCUUCGCGCCAGAAUCACGUUACAUCAUCACCUUACGGAAAACUUCUCGGUGACGAACGAUGAGAAAUCAGUAAGGAUACGCUGAUAUUCAUGAAGUACAGAUACGAGAUUCCGUGUUAAGGCUAUUUGACAGCGCUCGUCCAUAUUUACAGACAGUUUUGCGACGGGCUCUCGAGCAUUUUUUUGGAAGGUCUGAGCAGAGAAUACAUGAAUAUCCCUUCAUCGUUGUUGUUGUUGUUGUUCAUCAUCAGCUCAUUCACGGGAGGGAAUCUCUCUUCUGAGCAUAAACAAACGUCCCUGUGAGUCAGGAACCGGCUUCAGGAUCCAUAUCGAGGGACCAGUGUACAGUACAUGCAUGCAGGCGUCUAUAUACAGUAUGUUUAAGUGCACCGAUUCAUUUGACGCAGAUGAACUCACUCUUUGUAAAUAUGUACGUUUUUUUUGUAUAAACCAUCACGUGGCCUUGUUUGGAAUGAAUGUAGUUUUUGAAUAAAGGUACUUUUGCUCUUAA